AUGGGCAUAAGCAUUGGUACAAAGUACGUAACGGCUCCGCUACCUAAUCUCGGAGCUCACCCCCUGGCACUUGAUACCCUCAAAAUCCCCGCCGUCGCCGGUAGAAAGACCCAGCUGCAGGCCGCAGCCAAGCCAGUUGCUCAUGUCGUUGUAGGCACACGACAGCGUGCCCUCACCGCUGGUGCAGUUCAGCUCUGCGUAUCCCCGGGCGGUGAGGUUGGCCACCAGACCUCCGUCCACGAACCAGAGCGGGCUCGUCGCCAUGUCGGUCUUGUUCUCCACCACUGCCACUACAGCGUUGUCCAGAGGCCCUUUGGCCCCGACGGCACAUAG